CAUUUUCCGUUAAAAAAAAAAACCCUAAUUCCACAAAUCACCACUUCCGUCUUACCCUAUUCCUCACCGUUCUAUCGGCAGAACGAAGAAAAAAAACACCAUUAAACUUCUUGCUUCUUAUCAUCAACAUUUUUUCAUACACAAAAGCAUAAAUCUUUUUUUCUUUUCUUUCAAAAAACUUUCAUCCUUUAUUUUCUGUUUUUUAAAACAAAUUGUUUCGUGCCCUAACCCUAAUUUCUCCCCCUUUUAUGUUGCUAAUUUGUUAACGGUUUUCUUAAAUAUUCCUGAUCUUUCUUUUUGUGUGUUAGGGUUUCACCUUUUGCACCUACCGAUUAAGUUUCAAGCCUACUAAAUCCUUGUUAUCUUCCAACCAUUUGGAUUAUUAAUUAACAUUGAUUCAGGUUUGCAAGAUGGGAGAAAAAUCAGAUAGUAAAAAAGCGUCUUCACCAUAUGUUGUCCUUGAAAACCGACCCCUUGAUCAAUGGAAAGUUACCGAGUUAAAAGAGGAACUCAAGAAACGGAAAUUAAUGACAAAGGGACUAAAAGAAGAACUUGUUAAAAGGUUGGAUGAAGCUGUACGGGCUGAAAUGGACGAAGCUAAAGAAAAUCUCGAAAACGCCUUUAACAGCGAGGCUCCACCUGUGGUUCAAUCUGAUGAUGAAGAGAACGCAACAGACGCUAUGGAUCACACCUCGGGCAAAGAUGAGACAUCAGAGAAAGAUACAACUGUAGACGAAUCGGACAACAAAACCGAUGAAAAGACAGAUGUCGAAACGGGAUUGGAUAAGGUUCAUACAGAUGAUGGUCUGCAAUCGUUAGCUGAAAAAACCGUUAUCGAAGGUGAAGGUGUUUCUAGUAAAGUGGAAGUUACUCAGGUGGUCGAAAAGAUUACGGUAGAAACCACUGUUAUGGUAACCGAAGAGUCUAGUGAGCCGAAACCAGAAAGAGCCGAGCCUGAUUCAUCAGAUCUUGUUAGUGUCGAACAGGUAGAUGAGGUCAGCAAAAUAAAAUCUGAUUCUAUUUCUAUUGAUACUGUCUCAAUUACUGAAAAGAAUGAACUAAAGGAUAACGUAAUUGCUGAUGAUGUUAAAUUAGAGAUAGAUGAUAGCAAAUCAGAAUCAGUUGAGGUUGCUGAAGAGAAAGAUAACGUAAUUACUACCGAUGUCAAAUUAGGGCUAGAUGCUAAGUUUGAGAAUGAUUCACUUAAGGAAAACGUUACUGCCGAAAAGAAAUAUGUCGACAGUUCUGAUGAUGUUGAUAUUAUUAAGAAAAAUGAUAGUGGAGAUGUGGGUUCUCCAGAAAAGUUGAAUUUGGAUAGAAGUUCCGGUGAUGAUUCGAUGGAAGAAGAUGGUUUAGAUAGCAAGCAAAUUGAUUCGAAGUUCAGUUCUGACGAAGUGGGAAAUAAAAAUGAGAAAGUUGAAGUGAAGGAAGAUAAUUCUGUUGAUGUUAUGGUUGAAGAUGCGACCACUGACAAGGAUUUUGUGGCUAAUGAAGAUAAAACUCGUUCUAGUGUGACGUCUGCUAAAAGAAAGCCUCAUGACCAAGAAAAGGCAGUAGACAACAACGAAGUAGUAAAAAGGCAGCGUAGGUGGAAUUCCGAAAACCUUACCGUACCCAAACAACAAACUAAUCACUCUGCUUCUACUACACCAAAAGAUACAUUUCAGAACCCAGUCAAACACACCUUUUCGAGAUCCGAGUCAACAAAAAGUCCAGAUUUGCCUAAGGAACGAGUUGUCCCCCCUUCAUCAAAGACUCCGACUACUUCUCUCAGAAUCGAUAAUUUUCUGCGUCCGUUCACUUUAAAGGCUGUACAAGAAUUUCUCGGUAAAACCGGUACCAUUGUUAGUUUCUGGAUGGAUCAGAUCAAAACUCACUGUUACAUUACAUAUGCAUCGGUGGAAGAAGCUACAGAGACACGAAACGCUGUAUGCAACCUACAAUGGCCGGUGAACGGUGGACGUCUUCUGAUGGCCGAUUUUGUGGACCCACAAGAAGUUAAGAAUCGGGUUGACCCACCUCCACCAUCUCCAGCAACUCCAGCCACCACCACUCUACCUCCACUUGCCGCCACAAUACCUCCACCUACCGCCACCUUGCAACCACCACAGCCCUCUCCCAGACUGAAACAACAGCUUCCUCCUCCACCUUUCCUCCCACCUCCACCGCCACUGUCGAACCCACCGCCAGCCAGAAACCGUGCACCACCACCACCGGAGAAAGUCGAUCCACCGAUUGUUACAUUGGAUGAUCUUUUUAAGAAAACGAGAGCCACUCCUCGUAUCUACUACUUACCGCUUUCUGAUGAACAAGUGGCGGCAAAGUUGAAUGCUCAGGGGAAACCUGCGAAUCGUUAGGGCGUAGGUCAAUGUAAGAUAAUGGUAGUAGUAUGAUAUAAUCACUUGUUUGCAGGUCUGCAGGUGAUGCAUUUAGGAAUGGUUUGAGCAAAGGCGAGCCCAGGAAGAGCUUGAUGGUUUGUAGACGAACAUAAGUUUUUUUCUAAAAGCCAAAACUGAGUUUGGAUCUGGACCUACUCUCUAUAUUGGGAUUUUUCUUUUGAGCGGAUUAACUUGACAUUAUCGUUUAUGUUUUCUUAUGUGGACAUUUUGAUUGCGGUAGUUUGUUUUUUCGUAUAAUGGAUCUUGACCGGUAGGUCUUUUGGACUGAUUUAUGCUUGUUUA